AGACAUGCAUGUGAAGCAGAUGCAUAUGGAAUGCCUGGAGGAUGUUCACACAUCUGUCUUCUCAGCAGUAGUUACAAAACACAGAUUUGUCGCUGUAGGACUGGCUUCGUCUUGGGAAGUGAUGGCAGGUCAUGUAAAAAACCCAAGAAUGAGCUCUUCCUCUUUUAUGGAAAGGGACGCCCUGGAAUCAUUAAAGGAAUGGAUCUGAAUACUAAAGCAACAGAUGAAUUCAUGAUACAAAUAGAAAACCUUGUCAAUCCACGGGCUGUUGAUUUCCAUGCAGAAACAAGUUACAUUUACUUUGCAGAUACAACCAGCUUCUUAAUUGGAAGGCAGAAAAUCGAUGGUACAGGUCGAGAGACAAUUCUUAAAGAUGAUCUUGGUCACAUUGAAGGUAUUGCAGUGGACUGGAUUGGGCAUAAUCUGUUCUGGACAAAUGAUGGUCAAACCAAGACUAUCAAUGUUGCAAGACUGGAAAAAGCGUCUGAAAGCAGAAAAACUAUUUUGUCAGGAGAGAUGUGUCAUCCUCGAGCAAUUGUUGUAGAUCCGACAAAUGGGUGGCUAUACUGGACAGACUGGGAAGAAGAAGAAAUCGGAGACCGUACAGGCAGAAUUGAGAAAGCAUGGAUGGAUGGAAGAAAUCGUCAAAUAUUUGUGACAACUAGCAUGCUUUGGCCAAAUGGAUUGACUUUAGACAAUGCUGCCAGUGCAUUAUAUUGGUGUGAUGCUUACUAUGACCACAUUGAAAAAAUACACCUGGAUGGAAGUGGAAGAACGGUAGUCUACAAUGGAAAAGAACUCAACCACCCCUUUGGCUUAUCUCAUUACAAGAAUUUUAUAUACUGGACUGAUUAUAUGAAUGGCUCAAUUUUUCGGUUUGAGUUAAUUACAAAGAAUGUGACACUCAUACGAAGAGAAAGGCCUCCAUUAUUUGGGCUUCAGAUAUUUGAUGCACAGAAACAACAAGGUAGCAAUGCUUGUCGUACAAACAAUGGGGGAUGCAGUGUUCUCUGUCUUGCCAUUCCUGGAGGGAGGGUGUGUGCUUGUGCUGAUGACUAUCACUUGGAAAUCAACAACAGGACAUGUUCAGUAAGCCCGAGUGAAGUGAGGUUUCACAUCUGCAAACCAGAAGAAUUUCAGUGCAGAAAUCAUCAAUGUAUUUUGAAAAGGUGGAAGUGUGAUGGGGAUGAUGACUGUUUAGAUGGCAGUGAUGAGGACCCAGAGAUCUGCUCUGGUCACACUUGCCCUGCUAAUCACUUUAAGUGCCAGAAUAAUCGCUGUAUCCCAAAGAGAUGGCUUUGUGAUGGAGCCAAUGACUGCGGAAGUAAUGAAGAUGAAUCCAAUAAAACUUGUGCAGCAUGGACUUGUGAUGGACAUCAAUUUUCAUGUAACAAUGGUCGUUGUAUACCUUUAUCAUGGCUCUGUGAUAAAGAUAAUGACUGUGGUGAUGGAUCAGAUGAAUCAAGUUCAUGUGAUUUCCCAACAUGUGAGCCUCUAACCCAAUUUACCUGUAGAAAUGGGAGAUGCAUUAAUAAGAAGUGGCGGUGUGAUUCAGAUGAUGACUGUGGAGAUAAAAGCGAUGAGCUGUCUUGCUCUCAAACUUGUUCCCAUACUGAGUUUCAGUGCUCCAGUGGUAGGUGCAUACCAGAUGACUGGACAUGUGAUGGAGACAACGACUGUGAAGACUUCAGUGAUGAAUCUGCAGCUAACUGCACAGCAGAGUCUGCACACCCACCUGGUGAGUGCCAGACUGAAGAAUUCCAGUGCCAUUCUAGUGGGAACUGUGUCCCUGAUCACUGGCGUUGUGAUGGAGACAAAGACUGUGAGGAUGGUAGUGAUGAAAAGAGCUGCAAUGGAACUGUGAAGCCCUGUGAUCUCAAAACCAAAUUUGCCUGUAAAGACACUGGGAGAUGCAUAAGCAAGAUCUGGGUAUGUGAUGGUGAAAAAGAUUGCACAGAUAAUUCUGAUGAGUCCAGCUGUGAAGGUUAUGGUUGCAGAACACCGAAAUAUCCCUGUUCAAAUGACAGUUCUUUAUGCCUACUACCAGAUAAAAUCUGCAAUGGAAGAAAGGAUUGUGCAGAUGGCUCUGACGAAGGGGAGUACUGCGCUAAAUGUGCCCUCGGUAAUGGAGGCUGCAGCCAUCAGUGUACUGUCAUUCCAGGAAAAGGAACUAUCUGCUCCUGUCCACCUGGACUAUACCUAAAUUCAGAUAACAAAACCUGCAGCUCUAUUGAUUUAUGUGCCAAACAUCUCAAAUGUAGCCAAGUAUGUGAACAGCAAAAAAGUAAUGUCAAAUGUUCAUGCUACGAAGGAUGGAGAAUUAAUACAGAUGGAGAAAGCUGCAGUAGUACUGAUCCGUUUGACGCUUUCAUUAUUUUUUCCAUUCGUCAUGAAAUCAGAAGGAUAGAUCUUCACAAAAAUGACUACAGUUUAUUAGUUCCCGGUCUGAGAAAUACAAUUGCUCUUGAUUUUCAUUUUAAUCAGAGCUUACUAUAUUGGACAGAUGUUGUAGAAGAUAAGAUAUACAGAGGAAAAUUAUCAGAGGCUGGCGGUGUAAUGGGUAAUGAAAUUAUCAUCCAGCAUGGGCUCGCAACACCUGAAGGCUUAGCUGUAGACUGGAUUGCAAACAACAUUUAUUGGAUUGACAGUAACCUCGACCAAAUAGAAGUCGCUAAAUUAGAUGGAACAAUGAGAACAACAUUGAUAGCUGGAUCCAUGGAACAUCCCAGGGCAAUAGCACUGGAUCCUAGAUUUGGCCUUCUCUUUUGGACGGACUGGGAUGCUAACUUUCCUCGUAUAGAAUCAGCCUCUAUGAGUGGAUCAAGAAGGCAAAUAAUUUACAAAGAUAUGGAAACCGGAGCCUGGCCUAAUGGACUCACUGUAGACCAUCUUGAAAAUCGGAUAGUAUGGACUGAUGCAAGGUCUGAUGCACUGUAUUCUGCUUUGUACGAUGGCUCUGACAUGAUAGAGAUAAUACGUGGACACGAAUACCUGUCCCAUCCCUUUGCAGUUUCUCUUUAUGGUGGUGAGGUGUACUGGACAGACUGGAGGAGUAACACCCUGACAAAAGCCAACAAGUGGACUGGUCAGAAUGUGACCGUGAUACAGAAAACUACCGCACAACCCUUUGAUCUUCAAAUAUACCACCCGAGUCGACAGCCACAGGCUCCAAAUCCAUGUGCAGCUAAUAGUGGAAGGGGUCCAUGCUCUCACCUGUGUCUUAUUGGCCACAACAGAUCUGCUGUCUGUGCUUGUCCACAUCUUAUGAAACUUGCUCCUCAAAGGAAUUCCUGCUAUGCAAUGAAAAGAUUUCUUCUAUAUGCAAGACAUUCGGAGAUCCGUGGCGUGGAUAUAAGCAACCCUUACUUUAACUUCAUCACAGCGUUCACUGUUCCUGAUGUCGAUGAAGUGACUAUAGUUGAUUUUCAUGCUGAUAAAGAGCGCAUCUAUUGGGCUGAUGUGAAAACCCAGACUAUAAAACGUGCCUUCAUUAAUGGAACCAGCUUAGAAACUAUCAUCUCGGGAGAAAUCCUUCUUGGUCAAGGACUUGCUGUUGACUGGAUAUCAAAAAAUUUAUACUGGAUAAGUUCAGAAUAUGAUGAAACACAGAUAAAUGUUGCAAGACUUGAUGGGUCAUUGAAAACAUCAAUUAUUCAUGCAAUUGAUAAGCCACACGGUCUUGUCAUUCAUCCUGUGAAAGGAAAACUAUAUUGGACAGAUGGUAAUACUAUAAAUAUGGCAAACAUGGAUGGAAGCAACAGCAAAAUUCUUUUCCAGCAUCAGAAAGAUCCAGUUGGACUAUCAAUAGAUUAUCAGGAAGACAAGUUAUACUGGAUCAGUUCAAGAAAUGGAACUAUAAAUAGAUGUAGCUUGGAUGGUAGCAACCUAGAAGUAAUAGAGUCUUUAAAGGAGGAAUUAACAAAAGCUACAGCCUUGGCCAUUAUGGGUGAGAAACUGUGGUGGGCUGAUCAGAACUCUGCUCAAAUGGGUACAUGCAACAAGAAGGAUGGAAAAAGGCCUCUGGUGUUAAGAAACAAAACAUCAGGAAUUGUUCAUAUAAAAGUAUAUGACAAAGACAAUCAGCAAGGAACAAAUCGUUGUACAGUGAACAAUGGCGACUGCACCCAGCUGUGUUUGCCAACAUCUGAAGUUUCUAGAACAUGUCUGUGUACUGUCGGAUACAAUCUCAAGAGAGAUCGCAAGUCCUGUCAAGGUGUUGAAUCUUUUGUCAUGUAUUCAGUACAUGAAGGCAUAAGAGGAGUAUCCCUAGACCCCAGUGACAGGAUGGAUACAUUAAUGCCUAUAUCUGGUACUUCAUUUGCAGUUGGCAUUGACUUCCAUGCAGGAAAUGACACGAUCUACUGGACUGAUAUGGGUCUCAAUAAAAUUAGUAGAGCAAAGCGAGAUCAAACCUGGAAGGACUAUAUAGUCACAAAUGGCUUAGGACGGGUAGAAGGCAUAGCAGUUGACUGGAUUGCUGGUAAUCUAUAUUGGACAGACCAUGGAUUCAAUCUAAUAGAGGUUGCGAGACUAAACGGCUCUUUUCGAUAUGUGGUUAUAUCUCAAGGUCUGGACCACCCAAGAGCAAUAGCAGUACACCCAGAAAAAGGUUACAUGUUUUGGACAGAAUGGGGACAGAAUCCAUGCAUUUGUAAGGCCUACCUAGAUGGCUCAGGGAAAGUUGUCCUUGUGAAUACAGGCAUUGCUUGGCCAAAUGGCAUCUCAGUUGAUUAUGAGGAAAACAAAUUAUACUGGUGUGAUGCUCGCACUGACAAGAUAGAAAGGAUCGACCUUGAAAGUGGAGGGAGCCGGGAGAUUAUCUUGUCAGGGAACAAUGUGGAUAUGUUUUCAGUUGCAGUCUUUGGGGCUUACAUCUACUGGUCUGACAGGGCACAUGCAAAUGGAUCCAUUAGAAGGGGUCACAAGAACGAUGCCUCAGAUGCCUUGUCCAUCAGAACAGGUCUUGGAAUAAACUUGAAAGAUGUAAAGGUAUUUAACAGAGUCAGAGAAAAAGGAACAAACAUUUGUGCCAAGAAUAAUGGUGGUUGUUGGCAGCUUUGUUUCUACCAAGGGACCAGACAAAGGAAAUGUGCAUGUGCUCAUGGUUAUCUUGCAGAGGAUGGAGUCACCUGUCUCAGAUAUGAAGGUUACCUAUUGUAUUCUGAAAGAACUAUAUUAAAAAGUAUCCAUCUUUCAGAUGAGGCAAAUUUAAAUUCACCCAUAAGACCAUAUGAAAAUCCUGAUUAUUUUAAAAAUGUAAUAGCACUGGCUUUUGACUACAGCCAGAGGAUGAAGGGGACAAACAGAAUAUUUUACAGUGAUGUUCAUUAUGGAAACAUUCAAGUUAUUAAUGAUGACUGGACUGACAGAAAAGUCAUUGCUGAGGGUGUGGGAUCUGUGGAAGGCCUUGCUUACCAUAGGAAAUGGGAUACAUUAUACUGGACCAGCUCGACAACUUCAACAAUAACUAGACAUUCCAUUGACCAGAGCAGACAAGGAGCUUUUACUAGACAAGCUGUGAUCACCAUGUCUGAAGAGGAUCACCCUCAUGUGCUUGCAUUAGACGAAUGCCAAAACCUAAUGUUCUGGACCAACUGGAAUGAGCAGCUUCCCAGUAUUAUGAGGUCAUCCCUUUCUGGAAAUAACAUACAAGUCAUAAUCAGUGCUGACAUCAUCACGCCAAAUGGACUCACAAUAGAUCAUAAAGCAGAAAAGCUUUACUUCUCUGAUGGAAGCCUAGGAAAGAUUGAACGAUGUGAAUAUGAUGGAUCACAAAGACAUGUUAUUGUGAAAUCUAGGCCUGGAACAUUCUUUGGCCUAGCUGUUUACGGAGACUAUAUCUUCUGGUCGGACUGGGUGAGAAGAGCGGUGCUGAGAGCCAGUAAAUAUACAGGAGGAGAAGUAAAGGUUCUGCGUGCUGAUAUACCUCAUCAGCCGAUGGGAAUUAUUGCUGUAGCGAAUGACACAAACAGCUGUGAACUCUCUCCAUGUGCUGUGAAGAAUGGAGGAUGCCAGGACUUGUGUCUUCUCACUGCUGAUGGUCAAGUGAAUUGCUCUUGUCGAGGAAAUCAAAUCCUGCUAGACAGCAACAGAUGUGUUGUGCAAAAUUCCUCUUGCAACUUGUAUACCGAGUUUGAAUGUGGAAAUGGAGAGUGCAUUGACUACCACUUGACAUGUGAUGGAGUACAUCAUUGCAAAGACAAGUCUGAUGAGAAACAUUCCCUGUGUGACAACAGAAAAUGCAGAGAUGGAUUUAAACGCUGUUUCAAUCAACGAUGUGUUGAGGACAACAAAUUCUGUGAUGGCAUAAAUGACUGUGGCGAUAAUGCCGAUGAGGCCCUUUGUAAUAGUGUUUCAUGUGGCUCAUCAGAAUUUUCAUGCAUGAACAGGAGCUGUAUCCCCAAAUCAGCAUGGUGUAACCAAAUUAUUGACUGUGAAGAUGCAUCUGAUGAAAAGAAUUGCAAUAUUGCAAGCUGCAUUUAUUUUUACAAACUGGGAGUUAAAGCUACUGGACUUAUCAGCUGUAAUACUACCUCUCUGUGUAUACUUCCCAGCUGGAUAUGUGAUGGCAUUAAUGACUGUGGAGACCAUUCAGAUGAACUAAACUGUCAAGGUCCACAUAAACGGAAAUGUGAAGGGAAUUUCUUUGCAUGUCCCAGUGGAAGAUGUAUUUCAAAUGCUUGGCUAUGUGAUGGUCAAAAUGACUGUGAAGAUGGAGCUGAUGAAAAACAUUGUGAGUCAUCCUGUGAAUGGAAUCAGUUUGCAUGCUUUAAUCAAAAGUGCAUCUCCAAACAGUGGCUAUGUGAUGGAGAGGAUGACUGUGGAGACGGCACUGAUGAAAAUGAAAGAAUCUGUGGUUCCAUUACAUGUACCCAUGAUGCUUUCCAGUGCACGGAGUCAUAUGCUUGUGUCCCGAGAAAAUUUCUUUGUGAUGCAGAGAGAGACUGUCCAAAUGGAAGUGAUGAACUCUCUACAGCUGGUUGUGGGCCCAAAACCACUUGUGAUGAAAAUUCAUUUCAAUGCCAUAACAAAAUCUGUAUUCCAAAGCAAUACGUAUGUGAUCAUGAUGAUGACUGCGGCGAUGGAUCAGAUGAGUCACCAGAAUGUGAAUAUCCAACUUGUGGUCCAGAAAAAUUCCAUUGUAUGAAUGAGCGAUGUCUUUUAAAUCGCCAUUGGGAAUGUGAUGGUGACACUGAUUGCUCUGAUGGAUCUGAUGAAGCUCCUAUAAAUCCAAGGUGCAAAAUCUCAGAGCAAAUGUGCAACAACUCAUUUUUCUUAUGCAAGAAUGGUAGAUGCAUUUCAGGAAAAACUGUCUGUGACAGCAAAGAUGACUGUGGAGAUGGUUCUGAUGAAAUACUAUGCUUUGUAAAUGAAUGUCUAAAUAGAGAAAAAAGUGGUUGUACUCAGGACUGUCAAGAUCUUCCAGUGGGAUACAAGUGCACAUGCUGGUCUGGAUUUCAGCUGAAAGAUGAUGGUAAAACGUGUGUAGACAUUGAUGAAUGUUCAUCUGGCUUUCCCUGUAGCCAGCAAUGCAUCAACACAUAUGGAACCUACAAGUGCCUUUGUGCAGACGGGUAUGAAAUUUAUGCUGAGAAUCCAAACAGCUGCAAAUCUCUGUCAGAUGAGGAGCCUUUCAUAAUUCUUGCAGACCAUCAUGAAAUACGAAAGAUUAGCACUGAUGGAUUGAACUACACUUUGCUGAAACAGGGCUUAAAUAAUGUUCUUGCAGUAGAUUUUCAUUACAAAAAGGAUUUUAUUUACUGGAUUGAUUCCAGUAGACCGAAUGGCAGCAGAAUUUAUAGAAUGAACAUGAAUGGAAGUGACCUAAAGGUGGUUCACAGCACAGCUGUUCCCAGUGCGCUAGCAGUUGAUUGGAUUGGAAAUAAUUUGUAUUGGUCUGAUAUAGAGAAGAGAACUAUAGAAGUUUCUAAACUAAAUGGUCUAUAUCCAACAGUUCUUAUCAGCCAAGGCUUAAAGUUUCCUAGAAAUAUCGCUUUAGAUCCACAAAAUGGGUUUUUAUUCUGGAUUGACUGUUGUGAGAAUCCUAAUAUUGCACGGGCAGGUAUGGAUGGCAGCCAUCGUACAGUGCUUGUUAACACCAUGCUCAGUAGACCAACUGCCCUUUCAGUGGAUUUUAUCAACAAGCGAUUGUACUGGUCUGAUGAAAAUCAUAUCAUGUUUGCAGACAUAAAUGGCUCUAGAAGAUAUAAACUCCCUAAUGAAGAUAUUCCAGGAGUGAUUGCACUAACGUUGUUUGAAGACUUCAUCUACUGGACAGAUGGGAAAACAAAGGCACUCUACCGUGCUCACAAAACGUCUGGAGAUGCCAAAGUGACACUCAUUAAUUCAUGGCAUACUAUUACCCAUCUCCAAGUGUACCAUUCCUACAGACAACCUGAAGUGCCUACACAUCAUUGUAUGCUGAACAAUGGUGGUUGCAGUCACCUGUGCCUUCUCUCCCCUGGUGGAGGAUAUACCUGUGCCUGUCCAACAAAUUUCUACCUCACUGUAGACAACAAAACGUGCUUAUCAAACUGUUCUGCAAGUCAGUUUCGUUGUAAAACUGAUAAAUGCAUUCCAUUCUGGUGGAGGUGCGACACCGUUGAUGACUGUGGCGAUGGUUCUGAUGAACCUUAUGAUUGUCCUGAAUUUAGAUGUCAGCCAGGGCGGUUCCAGUGUGGAUCCGGACUGUGUGUUCUUCCAGCUUUUCUUUGUGAUGGAGAAAAUGACUGUGCUGAUAAUUCUGAUGAGCUCAACUGUGACACCCAUGUUUGCUUGCCAAGUCAGUUCAAAUGCACAAGAACACAGAAGUGUAUCUCUAUGUACUUAAGAUGCAAUGGGCAAGAAGACUGUGGAGACGGGGAGGACGAAUCAGACUGUCCUGAGAACACCUGCUCACAAGACCAGUUCCAAUGCCACAGUACAAAGCACUGCAUUUCUAAAUUAUGGGUUUGUGACAUGGACCCAGACUGUGCAGAUGGAUCAGAUGAAAUUAACUGUGAUGAAAAGACCUGUGGACCACUGGAGUUCCAGUGUAAAAACAGCAACUGUAUUCCAGAUCACUGGAGAUGUGAUAGUCAGAAUGACUGUGGUGAUAGCUCAGAUGAAGAGAACUGUAAACCACAGACAUGUUCAGUGAAAGAUUUCAGAUGUGCAAAUGGAAACUGCAUUGCUGCAAGAUUCCAUUGUGAUGGAGAUUAUGACUGUGUCGAUGGCUCGGAUGAGAGACAGUGUGAAGUAAAGUGUUCUAAAGACCAGUUUCAGUGUUCAACUGGUCAGUGCAUACCAUCUAAAUGGAGAUGUGAUGGACAGGAGGACUGCAAGCUGGGUGAAGAUGAAAAGAACUGUGACUCAGAAACUCCAACGUGCUCUUCAAGUGAAUAUGUCUGCACAAGCGGUGGAUGUAUUUCAGCAAGCUUAAAAUGUAACGGUGAUUAUGACUGCAUCGAUGGGUCAGAUGAGAACGAUUGUGUGACAGAGUGCAGUGAAGAUCAGUUCCGUUGUCAGAACAAAGCUCGCUGUAUUCCAAUCAGAUGGCUGUGUGAUGGUAUCAGUGACUGCAUAGAUAACAGCGAUGAGGAUGUCUGUAGUAAAGGGCAUUAUUUAUGCAAAUCAGAUGAAUUUCUUUGUAAUAACACACUAUGCAAACUUCAUUUUUGGGUGUGUGAUGGAGAAGAUGACUGUGGAGAUAACUCAGAUGAAGAUCAUAAUAUGUGCGCGAAGUUCCCAUGCCCACCCACAAGGCGAUUUAGGUGUAGAAACAACAGGAUUUGCUUGCCUCCUGAACAAAUUUGUAAUGAGGUGGAUGACUGUGGAGAUGGUUCCGAUGAAGAAUACUGUGAAAAAUUGAUAAAUACCUCAAAACCUUGUGGAAAGGAGGAGAUCGCAUGUAAAAAUGGAAAGUGCAUACCAGCAGUGCUUCAGUGCGAUCUUUUUGAUGACUGCGGAGAUGGGGGAUCAGAUGAAAUAGACUGCAAAAUGCUGCCUGCUAUGCAUUCAUGUGAUGGUGGAGUGAAUCCUUGUGGAGAUGACACUAUUUGUAGUCAAUCUCGAACUGCAAUAAUCUGCAAGUGUAUGGAUGGAUUUGUACGAAACUGGAAGACAAGGCAAUGCGAAGAUAUUGAUGAAUGCCAAGCGUAUGGUGCCUGUUCCCAGUUUUGCACAAACACUAAAGGCUCCUAUAAGUGCACAUGUGGUCAAAAUUUUCUCCAGUUUCAAAACAGCUGUAUCUCUAAAGGAUCAGAAGGUCAGAUUCUGUAUGUUGCCAAUGAUACAGCGAUUUGUGGUUUUCUAUAUCCAUUCAAUGACACUGAAAAUUAUUAUCGGGUAUCCCAUAUGGAAGACAAUUCAAGGAUAACAGGAAUUGAUAUGUAUUCUCAGGGAAAUAUGCUCAUCUGGAGUACACAGUUUAAUCCAGGAGGACUUUUCUAUAAAAUGUUUGCCAGUAGAUUCCAAAGACACACUGAAGGUGGUGUUAUUUGUCCUGAGUUUAAAAGACCAAGAGAUGUUUCAGUUGACUGGAUUGCUGGAAAUAUUUACUGGACAGACCACUCAAGAAUGCACUGGUUCAGUUAUUAUACAACUCACUGGACUAGUUUAAGGUACUCUAUAAAUGUAGGCCAACUAAAUGGAGCAAACUGCACAAGACUGCUAACGAACAUAGCUGGCGAACCACAUGCAAUAGUGGUAAAUCCUCUUAAAGGGAUGAUGUACUGGACAGUUAUUGGGGACCAUUCUCAUAUAGAAGAAGCAGCCAUGGAUGGCACUCAAAGAAGAAUAUUAGUUCAGAAGAAUUUAAGAAGACCUACAGGGCUUGCAAUUGAUUAUUUCAACCAGCGACUCUACUGGGCAGAUUCAGAGCUCUCUGUUAUUGGUUCUGUUCACUUUGAUGGCUCAAAUGCUGUCAUAGCUAUAACCAGUAAGCAUGGAUUGUUGCAGCCACAUAGGAUAGAUAUCUUUGAAGAGUACAUUUACGGAGUCAGUCUAAAGGCUGGAGCGUUCAAAGUGCCAAAAUUUGGAACACAAACAUUGGAAUAUAUGGAUUUUGGCAUUGAGAAACCAAAGAAUAUACUUAUCUUCCAUCACUAUAAGCAACAGAACAUAACAAAUCCUUGUAGUAACAUGAACUGUGAAUACCUCUGCUUGUUGAAUCCAACUGGUGGAACUUGUUCCUGUCCGGAAGGAAGGGUGAUGUUUAAUGGGACUUGCUUGGAUAUGGCCAUUUCAGAUGAAACAUGCAGAAUGAAUUGUGAAAAUGGGGGGCGGUGCAUUAUAAACGAGAAGGGAGAUCUUCGUUGCUACUGCUGGCCCAGUUUUUCAGGCGAAAGAUGUGAAAUCAACCACUGUAAAAACUACUGCCAGAAUGGAGGGACCUGUACUGGAUCUGCCUUAGGAAGACCUACCUGUCGUUGUACUGUAGGGUUCACAGGGCCAAAUUGUGGGCAGAGAGCCUGUGAAGAUUUCUGUCAGAAUGGAGGCAUCUGUAGUAUAACUUCUGGAAAUCAAGCUCACUGCCAUUGCCAAUCCAACUACACCGGGGACAGGUGUCAGUACUACAUUUGUGACCAUUAUUGUAUGAAUGCAAAGUCCUGCACUGUUGUUGAACGUAACGUUGAAUGUAACUGCCCUCCACGGUAUGAAGGAUCAAAAUGUGAAAUAGAUAAAUGUCUAAGAUGCCACGGAGGACAGUGUAUCAUAGAUGUGGUGAACAAUGAUGUGUCUUGCAAUUGCACAAAUGGAAAAGUUGCUCCAAGUUGUCAGUUAUGUGAUGGCUACUGUUAUAGUGGAGGAACAUGUCAACUGGACUCAGACACUAGUUUGCCUGUCUGUUUGUGUUCAGCCAACUGGUCAGGCAAGCAGUGUGAGAGGCCGGCUCCAAAGAGUAGUAAGUCUGAUAAUGCAAGUGCAAGAAGCAUAGCAAUCAUUGUUCCUCUUAUUCUGUUGGUAAUCCUGGUUACAACAUUAGCAGUGAGCGUGCUUCUUUGUAAAAGAAGAAGAAGGACAAAACAAGUGCAAAGGCAGCCUAUAACAAAUGGAGGAAUGAAUGUUGAAAUUGGAAACCCUUCAUAUAACAUGUAUGAAGUGAGACCAGAUCAUAGUGAUGGGAACCUUGUCAAUUCAGAUUUUCCCCUGGAUCCAAGCAAGCUUUCUGGAUCAUGCAACAGAAUGUCGAGUGGUCAUGAAGUAUUUCAUCGGACACCUUGCAGAUAUCCCUGGGUCAGAUGCAAAAAUCCUACAUUAUGCCAUUCACAUGAUGGGUUACAGCACCAUGAAGACAUGCUGUCUACAAAUUACUCAAAUCCAAUGUAUGCACAGUUGUACCUGGAUGGGCAAAAUUGUCGAAAUGUUUUAACCAGUGCUGAAGAAAGGAAAGAACUUCUUCCAAAGAAAUUAGAAGCUGGGAUAAAGGAAACCAGGGCAUAGACUGCCUAUAAUUUUUUUAUAUAUUCUGUAUAAAUGUAAAAAAGAUAAGGAUUACUUUUCUAUGUACCAGCAGUAACUGUUUUGGCAUCAGCGUUACCUCUGUUUUUUGUGCUGAUGACAACUGACUGAACAUUUGUAUGGUAUUUUUUAUGAAAAAUAAAAACUGCACUACAACAUAAUUAAAAAUCAAAGCUGCUGAUCAUAUAUACCCUUCAUACAUCUGAUACAAAUUAUGAAUACAUUUCAGAGUAUUAUUAAAAAGAAACAUAUUUUGAAUCACCACUUUUGCUUCUGUUUUACUUGAGAUAUGCUGCUUAUGCACUAGUCUGUAUUAAAUAUUAAAGCUGUAGUAUUUUCCUUCAUUUAUAUUUAAGAGUUAUGCGAUAAACAGACAACCAAAAAUUUUGCAUCUGUUUCUGUGCACACAUCCUUGCAUAGGCCUAUGCACAAAUGGGGAUGUGUGUUUGUAUGUAUGUGAGUUGUUGAGGGAAAUGUUAUAGCAUCAUUCUUAGCUCUGCCUUGUAGUUUACAUUUGCCAUUUCAGCACAAUAUUUACAUGUCGUGCCAGAACUGCCAGAACUGCUCCUAUGAUUUCACAUAUUCUGCCUAAACUGAAGUGCAGGAUUAUGGUUGUGAAUCUGUAUCAUUCAUGAAUAAAGGAGAUUAUACUGUUUUUAAAUAUCAGUAAACUUGCAGAUAGAUGAGACACCAAUUUUGCACUUUACCACUUGUUCUGGCUGUUGCUAUUUUCCUAGUCUUUCUUUACUUGUAACUGUCAAUGAUAUUUACAGAAAUAUAGAAUGUUACGAUUUGACAUUCAUUACAAGUAGCAACAGUAUUUUAGAAAUUAAGUAUUUUGUGACCUGUUUUAUUCUGGAUCUUUUAUCCAAGAAAGUGAAUUACUCUUGUCUCAGCAUUUUUAUAAAUAUUCCUUAAGCCGCUGAGGUACAUACCAGCAGCAGCAUCUCUGAAUGAAAUAUAUUUUAACUAAGUAGAACAAUUUGGAAGAGGGAAUGUUGCUCCCCUAGUAUUAAUCUUUCUAGAGUUAAAUAUAAAAUUUGACUCAAUCACCCAGUCAUGACUUUUAAUAUCGGUCCAGUUAUACUAAGUGAGAAAAUAUGCAGAUCAUAUUUACUGCUCAGUUUUCAUGUGUAUGAUGCAUUAUUUAAAUAUGUUAUUGCCUUAAUGGUUUGAAGAAACAUAUGUAUUAGAAAUGCUGAAUUUAAGAAAUAAAAACAAAACUUAGAGGUUACUGACAAUUCGGCUUUUUGCCAGUAUGUCAUACAAAAUAAAAUUAAUAGUUUUAUCUUACUGUACUCUUUUUACCAAUACUAUUAUAUGUUUUUUAUGAUACAGUCAUGCGUUUGUGUCAACUGGUAAAAACAGUGAAUUUAAUGAAAACAGCAGUGAAAUUGUAAAAAUAAUGGAAUUAAUUUAGUUUCUUUAAGGACAUAAAGCCAAUUGUAGAGGUAGAUUAUGGCAACUUCUAAUAUCUGGUGCAGCAUGGGCAGUUUUCUUUAAUUGUUAUAUAAAUGAAUCAGUAAGAGUGCAAUCAUCCUGGGGAUUGUCCUUUUUUAUUAACAGUUUGGUUAAUACAUUUAAAAUAUGUUGUAUAGACCCCAACAAAAUGCCAAAAAAUGUUGCCAAAUCAUAGACCCUAAAUUGCAAAUCCAACAAGUACAAAAAUAAAGUAUGAUUUUGAAAGUAAAAGUACAUUCUGAAACUUGGUAUGCUGCCAUUAAAGAUUUUUACAGGGGGAUUUAACCCAUGUACUGUCCACACGUGGCCUGUUUCCACACACUUGCUACACAUAGAUCUCUCUUUCUCUCUCUCUCUCUCUCUCUCCCCCUCUUGCAUACACAACACACUGAGAUCAGUUUACUUUUCAUUAGGGGAAAUAUUCCAAAGUACUUAAAACAUAGUACAUAUAGUUCCUUUCUUACAAUAUGUCUGAAUGCUUAGAGGAUCAAAUUUGUGGUCCUUUCGUUUGUCAAUGGACGGUUGGUUGAUUGAUGAUCAAAGCAACUAACCUAAAAAAUUGCCAGAGUCCUGUCAAAACUCUAAGAACAGUGGGCGAGUAAGAGCUUAGUUUUCCUUUCUCUCUUAUGUACAAGUUUACAAUAACUCUGAAUAGAUAAUCUAAGGAGAGACGGAGAUAGCAAGAAAAAUGCAACUCUUACUUUCUCCCUCUUUUUGUGAGUUUUACUACCAUAACAGAAUGCUGGCAUUUUUUUUUUUAGAUUUGACAUUCUGAAUGCCAUUCUCUUAUCUGAUAACAAAAAGGCUCCUCAAAUAUAUAACUAAGAUACCAGUAUUUUUUGAUCAUAGUACUGUUUCUCGGUUUUUGAAGCCUUUUUAUUUCUUUACAGUAUUUUUUCAGAAUGUUAGCAUCAUUUUAUGAUUAAUUUUCAUGCAGUUUUAAUUAUUAUGUUGUUUAAUAUAUAAAAUACUACAGCUUUAAUAAUCAGUAUGUUAAUAAUCUUCACCAACACAAUUAUUCUAACUUUUGUUUCAUCUAGGAGGCAUAAACGAAUACUUAAAUUUAGAAGGGCUUUUUGUUAUUUUUGAAAUACACCUUUAGCAGUUACAGUACAGUAUCAGAUAAGCUAACAGUUUGUUAUUGCCAUCAGAUUUCGUUGAAACACUUUAAAACAGCUGUGUCUGUUUCCUAAGCAGUGCCCUUAUCUACUUGCAUGCAGACUACCUGUUUAAAAUGUUGCCAUACUGAGGCCUUCAUCAGUUAUCAGUUUAUGUACUACUAGUGCAAUUUGCUUGGAUAAUGGGAUGCAUAUCUUACACUCCUUUCAAUUGCUUUGUUCAGUACACUUUUUUAAAUUGAACAGUAUUUUUCAGUUUUGGUUAUAAUAGUCAUUUUUGCCUAUGUUUCUACAAUGAAGUGUUGAAUACUUUAUUAAAAAAAUGGUGACAAAAAAUUA